AGCGGGAAAGUUUGCACACUCAGACGGAUCAGCUGCAUCCUUAUAAAAUGCCAGAUUACAAAAAAUACUUUAAUCCGUCGAAAUCUAUUUUAUUAUGGGAAGGAGAGGGAAUAUCUAAAGACAGACAUGAACCUGAUAAAAAGUUCUACGAAGGAUUUACCAUAGAUGGGAUUUUGUUCCGGAGAAAUGAUUUUGUGUUUGGAACAAACGAUACAUCAAACAAGACUGCAAACAUAUAUAAGCUACUAGAUGUCUUUGAUACAGGGAAGGAAAAGCUUGCCCAUGUUAGGUAUUACAUAACAAAGGACAGUGUUCAGAAGUCAGCCUUGUCCAUGCUAACAUCUCAAGGUCAUAUAUUUCAUCCUCAGGAAGUAUUUCUAAGUACAGACCCCAGAGAUAAUAACGUGAUUGAACUGUCACAGAUCAAAGGAAAAUGCCAGGUGGAAGAAGUAAAACAGAUUCCCGUUCAGUCUCCCAGCAGUCGUAAGCCUCGUGUUCCAGUAUUCUACGCAAUGUUAAGUUACGAUGGACGUAAAUUCACCAAAAUAUUUGAAGAGGACAAAGAAAACACUGAUCAGACAAACAGUAUCUCUGCUAGGCGUAAAAGUUUGAAAUUAGAGGGAAGAGUUAACUCCCCUUUGAAAAUUACAGAUCCACUGCCAACAUCUUUAAGUCCAAAAGUAGCACUGAAAACAAUAGAUGGUACCAGUCCCUCUGUCAGGCCGAAAAAUUCACCUUAUAUGAAGGGGAAAGAUGUUACACGGAUGAUAGAAGAUGAUGAACUUUCUCUCAUAUCAGAUUGUUCAACUAGUACUGAUCUUAGCUCUGCGACAAAUUCUAGCCGUGGUUCCCGUCGUAGUACAAGAAAUACACCUGUAAGAGAAGUGCCAAAUUCAGCUUCAAACCUAAUAGUCAAAGGAGUUACUGAUUCACCAAGCCGGGCAUCAGACUCUCCUAAACAAAAAUAUGUCGUAAAAGGGCAGUACACUGCAAAUGGACAAUCGAGCACGCCAUGUAAAAUUAAAAUCUCAAGUAAAUCGAACACUCCAAGCAAGGAAAGUACAAAUAUCAAAGCAUUGGACAAAGUAUCUAGUGAUGAUGAAAGCAUUAAAAGAAAAUCUAUAAAAAAUGAAGAAUUUUCACCGAAAAAGUUGAGACUUGAUUCACCUAGGAUGACAAGAUCUGCUAACAAAUCUGAAAAUGACAGCUCAAACCAAACACCAAAGGCUGUUAGGUCAAAGGUUGUUGAAAAUUUAAGAAAUAAAUCAAUGACCGAACCAAGACGUAAAAGUUUAGCCACUUGUGAGGACCUAGUAACUAAAGAACCUCCAAAAACCGAGGGAAAGGUCAGGAGAGUUCAGAGUGUAAGAAUUAAAAGACUUGGUGACAUGUAUCAGUCAUUCAGAAGUAAGACACCAGAUAGUGAAGGGAGGGCAGUGCGUGCUAGACUUAGUGACAAAUUUGUUGGAAUUAAGGCGGCAAAUGAACUGAGAAAAUCUGGUCGGGAAGUAUUUACUGAGGUGACAAAUGCAAGUUCUCCAAAAAAAGUUAGAGCUGCUAAAGCAAGACCGAAGAGUUAUGUAGAAAGUCUGAGUGAUGCAUUUGAUUCUGAUGAUGACGAAUUGUUGACAGUAACAAAGUCAGGAAGAAAAUCUUCACGACCAACAUCUAGAGCAAGAGGAAAGAAAACAUCAGUUGAUGAUGACUACCAGGCAAAAUCUGAAGUAAGUUAUGAUGCUGAGGAGGUUGAUGAUGAUGAUGAUGAUGAUGAUGAUGUUUUUGCUGUUACCAAAACAAAAUUGAAACGUAAAUCUUCACAAAGACGUAAAAGCUCUGCCGUAACACCAAAAUCUAAAAGAACACCAAAGAAGAAAGGCUCGGUUAUUGAUUCAGCUUCUGCUAAAGUGCCAAGUAGACAACGGCCACUGAUGUCUCCAAACAGUGUAUUAGAGGAGGCCAGGGCAAGACUGCAUGUAUCAGCCGUACCAGAUACGUUACCAUGUAGAGAGAACGAGUUUGAUGAUAUAUAUAGAUUUGUCGAGGGUAAAGUUAUAGAUGGUACAGGAGGAUGUAUGUACAUAUCUGGUGUACCAGGGACAGGAAAGACAGCAACAGUUCAUGAGGUGAUAAGAUCCCUCACUCAGGGAUGUGAGGAUGGUGAACUGCCCUCAUUUAAAUACCUCGAGGUGAAUGGCAUGAAACUCACUGAACCUCGACAAGCUUACGUUGAAAUUCUCAAGCAAUUGACAGGACAGAAGGCAACACCAGACCAUGCUGCUGAUCUGUUAAACAGAAGAUUUUGUGGUACAAGUUCAAGAGAAACUGUUGUUUUACUUGUGGAUGAGUUGGAUCUUCUCUGGACGAGAAAACAGGACGUGAUGUAUAACGUGUUUGACUGGCCGACUAAACAGCAUGCAAGACUUAUCGUGUUAGCCGUGGCUAAUACGAUGGAUUUACCAGAAAGAAUAAUGAUGAAACGAGUCUCAAGUAGACUGGGUUUAACAAGAAUGACAUUCCAGCCUUACACAUUCAAGCAACUUCAGACAAUUGUGUUGUCACGUAUGAAAGGGUUGAAGGCAUUUGACGAGGAUGCCAUUCAGUUAGCCGCUAGAAAAGUCGCAGCUCUGUCGGGAGAUGCUCGUAGAGCGUUAGACAUUUGUCGUCGAGCGACCGAAAUUGCUGAACUUGUAGCUAUGAAACAAAAGAAGGAUGUGCUAGUAGGAAUGACGCAUGUAGAUGCAGCUUUGCAAGAAAUGUUCUCCUCUCCAAAGAUUGUAGCUAUCAGGAAUGCAUCUGAUCAGGAGAAAACAUUAUUGAGAGCCGUGGUUGCUGAGUUUCAGAGAUUAGGAUUAGAGGAAGCAGAGUUCUCUAGAGUGUAUAAUCAACAUAUCUCACUUUGUAGGCUGGAGGGCAUGCAGCCUCCAUCAACGGGAGAGCUGGCUGGAAUAUGUUCACGAUUGGGAAGUAUACGUCUUCUACUGAUAGAACAUUCACGUCAUGACCUCAAUAUGAGAGUGAGGCUCAACGUAUCCCAGGACGAUAUUCUGUACGCACUUAGAGAUAAGAAAAGUAUAUGAGAAUAGAUUAUAGAAAAAAAUGCAUGAUACAUUC